GCACCCAGGGGAGCCAGAUCAUCGGGGGGAAGGUGGUGGCACCCCACUCCCGGCCCUUCAUCGCCUCCAUCCAGAUAGACGGGCAGCAUGUCUGCGGUGGCUUACUGGUGUGGUCCAA